AUGGAAUUUCCACGAGAAGGAAAGAACGGUUCAGCCCGAGUCCAGUGCGGAUUCUCCUCCUGCGCAGCGAUGUUCGACGAUCUGUCCGCCUACCCGAAGCCUCCUUACCGCAUCUACCCGCGGCUAUCGCGGUACGAGCAAUGCAUGAGGUAUCACGAGGAUGUGAGGAAGAGCGGUAUCCCCCACAACACGGAGAACCUGCCGUACUACUUCAUCUUCGACUGGGAAUUGAACGGGGAACGGGCCGAGUAUGUCCAAUUAUGGUUCAUGCACAACUGGACCCUCUCCUUCGUCAUUGCUGCUGUCUACCUAAUCCUCGUGUUCUUGGGUCGCCGAUGGAUGCGAUCCCGCCCGCCGUGGAACCUGACGAAGGCGCUGAUAUUGUGGAAUGUCUUCAUUUCUCUCGGCACUAUCAUCGGCCUUACUCGAGCGGUCCCGGAAGUCAUCCGGAGUCUUCGUGGGAAUUCGCUUUACUCCUCACUAUGCUUUGGGAACCAUAUGCGGCACAACCCAGUGGCAGCGAAUUGGGCGCUCGUAUUCGUGCUCUCUAAGGUAGGUGAACUGGGCGACACGGCCUUCAUCAUCUUGAGGAAGCAGCGCCUCAUCUUUCUUCACUGGUAUCAUCACCUCACCGUCCUGCUGUACACGUGGUACUCCUGCGCCCAGGCCAUCCCGGCGGCCCGGUUAGGGGCUACGCUUAACGGCCUGGUCCACGCCUUCAUGUAUUCCUAUUACGCGGCCCGGGCGGCGAAGAUCCGCGUGCCGCGCCGAAUCGCCAUGUUCAUCACGCUCUUCCAGCUGACUCAGAUGGUGUUCGGCAUAUACAUCAGCGUCUACGCCUAUUUGGCGAAGAAGGCCGGACUCCACUGCGAAACUCCAUGGGAAAACAUCUACGUCUCCUUCCUCAUGUACCUCUCCUACUUCUUGCUCUUUCUGAAUUUCUUCUUCCAUGCAUAUAUGAAACGCUCAUCGAGGGCGGUGAAGGCAGAAGUAGCAAAAGGCAAGAGCAUUGGAGAGGAACUCAUGGAAUUUCUCAAAAUCAACUGA